AUUUUUUCAGAAAUGUUUUCAUUUUAAUUUUUAUGUACAGACUUAAGUGAUAACGACAAAUGAGUUGAAUGAGUAAUAUGAGGUAAAAACUUAAAAAUGUAUAUUUUUAUCCGGAAGUAAAAGGAUUAUUAAUAACUCAUUGGACAAAGUAUUAUCUUAAAUGUAAAUACUGCUUGUAUAAAGAAAAAUGGAUUUCGAAAGUCCUGAUGUUGAAAAAGAUUUUCCUGGUCUAUACGCCUCAGAAGCUGGACGAAAGAGCAAUGAAAGCGAUUUUAGUGACGGAGGGGAUCAUGAGAAACCCAGUAAAAAAGAUUUAUUAGGACGUAGGAAAGAUAGAAAAGAAUCUAAGAAAGACCGAGGAUAUGCAGCUUUAGCAGGUGAAAGUUCUCCAGAAGAAGACACAGACACUAAGAGUCCAUCAAAAUCAAAGAAGACAAAAUCUUUCAAGUUCCCUACAAAAAGUAAAGAAAAGAGGGAAAAGUCGAGGGACAAAGAAAAAGUAUUAGAGGAUGUUUCAAAGCAUAAAGAGUUAAACGAGAAAGAAAAGAAGAAGGAAAAAGAAAGAGAGAAGGAGCGGGAAAAGGAAAAGAAGGAAAAAGAAAAACGGGAAAAGCUUAAAGAAAAAGACAAGGAGAAGGAAGAAAAGGCGAAGUUUAAAUUGGAGUCGAAAGAAAAGUUAAAGGACGAUAAAAAAGAAAAAGUAAAAGAAACAAAGGAAAAAGUAAAGGAUAAAGAUAAGGAGAAGGUAAAAGAGAAAGAUAAGGAAAAGGUUAAAGAAAAGGAAAAAGAUAAAAAGGAUAAGAAACUGACCAAAGUGCCGUCUACAGUCACAUCAGGAGUGCCGUUUGAAGAAAUAUUCACAUUAGGAGUUGCCCUUCCAAUAUUUGGAGUACCGUUACAUCAGUCUGUGGAAAGAUCGCGUUGCCAUGACGACACCGGGUUGCCGCUUGUUGUUAGGGACAGCAUCGAUUUCUUACAGGCUAAUAUAAAGUCGAACCAGCUAUACCGGGUGGAACCAGACAAGAUUAAACUCCAUCAGCUGCGGAAGCUGUAUACUGAUAGGGGACCAACUUUUCCUUAUCAUUGGGAUGUACCUGUCGCCUGUUCUAUGCUCAAGAUGUUUAUCGGGGAACUACCAGAAUCAAUUCUCACCCAGGAGUUGCACGGUCAAUUCGAACAGGCCACGGCGAUAUCAGAACCCCAAAGGGAAACGACAAUGGUGGCAUUAAUCAAUAAACUGCCGUCGUGUAAUCUAGCACUGGUCGGAUGGGUCAUGAGGCACUUUGAAUGUGUCCUUUCUAAUGAACAGACAAAUCACGUGAACGUACAAACACUUUGUACGUAUAUGGGUCCGGCCUUGGGCGUGUCUCAGAACUUACUCACGUACCUCGUCAAUAAAGCUGAGAGAAUGUGCCCCGAUGUUUACCUCACUAAAUACGUUCCGCCACUACUUUCGAUUCCGCCAGAUUUUCCGGAAAAUGCUAAUGAAAUUUCGACAGAACUCCGCAAACAAGAGUCGGUAUUGAAUCAGAUCCAUUCAGAGAUGCACGCGGGAGUCGUCACUGCGGACAGAGACCAGCAACUCUGGGAGGCUCAACGGAUCGUCACACAACUUAAGAGAAAACUACGAUUAGUCCAAAAAUCAGUUGAACCGACCUCGCUUCCACUACAACAACACUCAAUAGACGAUAAACAAGACGAACAACAAAACGAACAGACAGACGAAGAUAAAAAACAAGACACACCAAAUGACCUGACAGAUAGCAAGGAAACUGAAUCGGAACUCAAAUCUGAAAUCCAAGACCCAACUUUCCCAGUAGACUUCGAUUCACAAACAGAAUUUCCAGUAGAAUACGAUGCACAAACUGAAUUUCCAGUAGAAUUUGAUUCACAAACAGAAUUUCCAGUAGAAUUCGAAGAUAAUUUCGAAUUCAAAGAAAAAGAAAUCGAAAUUGAAGUGGAAAAACCUAAAUUAACAGAAAAGGAAUUAAAAGUAUUACGAUUGCAAUUAGAAAACGCGGAAUAUUUACAACUGAAGUCUCUUCUACAAGCGAAAAUUAAUUCGGAGCAAUUUGAAAUCGUUAAACUGCGGAGUCACGUGGCGUUGAAGAAUAAACAAGAGGGACAGAAAGAGAAAGAGAUCUGCCAAGAUGAUAUAGACUUGAAGCAGCGGCUGUUGAAAGAGAAUGCUAUGUUGGAACAGAAAAGAUUGACUUUGGUGAAUCAGAUAUUCCAAGAGAGGGUCGCGUGUAUACAGUUGAAGAUUGAGUUGGCCAUGAAGGAAAUUAUGUCGAAGUCGUAGAAAAAUAUAUUUUUGCUUGCUACCAAUACUUAGCUCGAACAAUUUGCUAAAAACAAAUAGCUUAUUAGAAAAUCUUAGUAUGGAAAACUUAUAACCGUUCCACGCAUGGAACUAAACGAACUAACGUGCAUGGUUCAUGCUUUUCAAUAAAAUAUGAUAUAAAGAAUGAAAGUUGUAAAAUUAUAAAAUAAUUAUUUGAGGCGCAAAAAUCUAUUUAUUUAUUAAAUAUUAAUUAAUAAUAUUCGUUAAUUAUAAAGCGUAGUAUUUAAUUAUAAUGUUUUGUAUCACGGUGUUGCAUUUACAUUUUGUAAUGGUAUGAUUAUUUUAAUAUAUGUUCUUAUUUAUUCAAAAUUUAUAUAAAAUUUAAACAUGUCGCGUGGUUGACUAUGUACAGAAUAUAUAAAUUCCUAUUAUCCAAUUUUGUCCUAGACCUUUGCUUUGAGUCACUGAAAAUACAAAAUAUAUGAAGCAUACGGCACGCUGUGUAUUUGCGGCACGCUUGCUGUGCCUACUAUACAACUUUGUUAUCUAUUUUGUGAGUUAUAAAUUAUGUAUCGAUCUUAUGUACUUUGAGUAGACUUCGAAGGAUAUUUUUUAUAACAGAUACCUGAAGGUUGUAGUAAUAAGGUUAAUUACGAUAAAAUAUAAUCAUGACUAAUUGUGAUCUUUAUUUAUCAUGAAAUAAAGGUGCAAAAAAUAUUAUGUUUAUUAUCAUUAAGAUAACAGAAACGUAGAAUCGAAUAAUUAAUAUAAAACAUACUUUUCCUACUACGAGUGUUCCUUCUUUUUCGUUCUAGCCGAUCGCUGAAGACGAAGUAGGAAUGAGCAUAUGUCUAUCUCGACCAAAGCCAUUAUUUAUGACUGCAUUGGUCGGGAUAUGAUCCUUCCUAUUGUUGACAUAUUAAUUCCAGUACUAAUAUACAUUUCCAACACCUCCGUUUCCUCUGGUGUCUUUCCUAAUAGUUGGAAAUAUUCCCAUGUUACUCCUAAAAACGCUAACUGGGUUUUUUGUCAGGCAACUACAUAUUCUGUUUUUUGUCCUAUUUCUAUCCUACCUUUCCUUUCUAAGGUUCUUGAACGUAUUCUUCAUCAGCAAUUAGCUAUCUUCCUCAACGAACACACCCUUCUUAAUUCUUUUCAAUUCAGUUUUCGUUCUGGGCACAGUACGGCUACUGCACUUACUAAAAUUACAGAUGAAAUGGGCGUGGCAUGGAUACUAAAAAAACUCUCAAUACUUACCUUAUUUGACUUUAGUAAUGCCUUUAAUUCGGUAGAUAUUGAUGUUCUUCUUGAUUUGUUACGUUCUAUGAAUAUGUCUCUAUCGCUGAUAAAUUGGUUUAAAAGGUAUCUAUCCGAUUGCCCGAAACGAAUCAAAUUAACUGACAGCCUUUCCUCUCGGUCCCAUGUUUCUGCUGGCGUACCACAGGGUAGUAUUCUUUCUCCUCUCCUCUUUUCGCUCUAUAAAUUCUAUUACUAAUCAUGUUUCUUCCAACUCUCAUAUUUAUGCUAAUGACCUUCAAAUUUACAAUCAGUCUAAUUUCAAUGAAUUGCCCUCUGCUAUUCAGAUGGCAAACUUUGAUUUAGACAAAGUUGUUGAAUGGAGUAAAUCGUAUGGUCUUCAGAUAAACCCUUAUAAUAGCAAUUCCAUUAUCAUUGGAUUCCAUUCCAUUACAAUGAGAAUAAAUUGGUCAACUUUACCCCAGAUUACUAUAGAUAGUAUUGUGGUGCUCCACUGUUAGGAAACUGAGCAUUACUAUGGAUA